AUGGGAGAAAUAGAAUCGAGAAAGGAUCAGAAUGCGAAGCGACCUAUCGAGAAUGUAAAUUUUUCAGAGGAUGAAGACUCGGUGAAGCAACAAGCUAAAAAGGUCACGAUAGACACCUCGGAAGAAGAAGAAAAGUCGGAAAGUAAUAAUGAAGAUCAAAAUUUAACUGACGAAUCCAACGAGGACCAAACGACUCCUUCCUAUCCAACCUCUGAUACGGAUGAAGAUGAAGCUCAUACUGAAGUAAAAUUUAAAGAGCAAUAUUCUGAAUUUAACUAUCCUAUUAAUGAACCUCCGAGUGAUCGAGCCGUACGUGUUUAUGCAGACGGUGUUUUUGAUUUAUUUCACAUUGGUCAUAUGAGACAAUUGGAGCAAGCAAAAAAAGUGUUUUCCAACGUCCAUCUAAUUGUUGGCCUUCCCAACGAUAAGCUGACUCAUCGUUUAAAGGGGUUGACUGUUAUGAAUGACAAAGAACGAGCUGAGGCACUUCGCCAUUGCAAAUGGGUAGACGAAGUCGUAGAAAGCGCACCUUGGGUCAUUACUCCGGACUUUUUGGAAGAGCACAAAAUUGAUUUUGUCGCUCAUGAUGAUAUUCCUUAUGCUUCAGAUGAUAGUGGUGACAUUUAUCUUCCCGUUAAAAAGGUGGGCAAAUUUAUACCUACAAAACGAACGGAAGGUGUAUCCACCUCUGACUUAUUAACGCGAAUCAUUCGUGAUUACGAUCAAUAUGUCAUGCGUAAUCUAGCCAGAGGGGUUGACAGAAAGGUUUUGAAUGUGUCUUUGUUCAAAAAGAAUGAACUGGAUUUUCGCCAUCAUAUUAAAAUGCUACGCGACACGAUUCGUAACCACUGGGUAUCUACUAGCCGUGAUCUGAAGGCGGACAUAAAAUCUUUCCUAUCGAUGGCUACAACGGACUACCAACUACAAUACACUCCUUUGCAUGGUUCAAGCGCACCUCCUAGCCCUGGCCCUGGAAACCACCAAAAUAGCUUUUUAGGCGGCUUAAAUCGUUGGAUGCAACGUCGCUCAAGCAGCCAAUAUGACCUACUUGGGAUGAAAGCCAAUUUGUCCAACCAGCCUAGUGAAAAUGAUGAUGCAGUAACUCUUAAGCAUCACCAAUAA